AUGAUGUUUAUGAAAUAUUUAAUUGCCAUCGUAUUGAUGGUAAGUGCUGUUAAUGCUUGGACUAUUCAAGAUAUGUACCAAGCUAUGUUUAAUGGAACUGGUGCUGGUGGUUUACAACCAUUUGCAACAUGUAAGAGUGCUGCUACAACUGCUCAACACUAUGCUUCAUGUGGAUGCCCAUACGUUUGGGGUGGUACAAGUUGUGGAUGUGGUGGUAGUGGUGGUAUGGAUUGUUCGGGUCUAGUUUACACAUCGUUUAGAACUGCUGGUUGGGAUGGUAUUACUCGUACUACAACUACCCAAGUUAACCAAGGAAACCAAUGUGGUGGAUCUGCUACCACUUCAUCAUCUACUACUGGAAAGACUACCGGUCCAUCUUCAACUGGUAAGACCUCUGGUCCAUCAUCUACUACUGGUAAGACUUCUGGUCCAUCUUCAACUGGAAAGACUUCUGGUCCAUCCUCAACUGGAAAGACUUCCGGUCCAUCUUCGACUGGUAAGACCUCUGGUCCAUCAUCUACUGGUAAAACAUCUGGUCCAUCAUCAUCUACAGGAUCAUCUUCACACCCAAUUACCUCUGGAUCAUCAUCAUCCAACCCAUCUGGAUCAUCAUCAUCCAAUCCAUCUGGAUCAUCUUCACACCCAAUUACCUCUGGUGCAUCUUCAUCUAACCCAUCUGGAGCAUCUUCAUCCAACCCAUCUGGAUCAACCUCUUCCAACCCAUCUGGAACCUCAUCAUCCAACCCAAUUACUGGUACUUCAUCCAACCCAUCUGGCUCGACCUCAUCUAACCCAUCUGGUACUUCAUCCAACCCAUCAGGUUCAACCUCUUCCAACCCAUCUGGAACCUCCUCAACUGCAACAUCAUCAAAUCCAUCUGGAUCAUCAUCAUCCAACCCAUCUGGAUCAACCUCAUCGUCAGCAUCAUCCGCCACCUCAUCCAACCCAUCUGGAUCAUCUGCCGCCACCUCUGCCACUGGAUCAUCAGGUGCAUCUGCUUCAUCUGCUUCAUCCACCUCUGGUUCAUCGGGUUCAUCUGCUGCCUCCUCAUCUGCUUCCUCUGGUUCAUCAGCCUCAUCAGCUUCAUCUGGUUCAUCUGCUUCAUCUGGUUCAUCAGCCUCAUCUGCCUCUGCUGGAACUGGAUCCGCUGCUUCCUCUGGAUCAGCUGUUUCCUCUGGGUCCGCUGCUUCCUCUGGUUGUUGGAGUGGUACUACUUGCCCAUCGACCACUGCCGAAUUAAUUGAAUAUGACAACGUUGAAGAAGAAGUUGCAUCCGAAAUUGAAGCUGGUGCAUGCACACCAGGUAAUUUGGGUGGCUGCCAAAUUGGAGAUUUAUUCUUUUAUUGUUUCUCUCAGCCAUGCCCUGAUCACGUCGUGAUGUACAUAGGCAAUAACCAAGUAGCUGAAUGUCCACACACUGGUGAAGACUGUCAUGUUAUUACUCCAUACACUGAAAGCUUCUACACUUGUCGUAGAUUAUGUGAUUCCUCUUAA